CCGCGACGGUAGCAGAGAGGAGCAGCUCAUCAUGCCGACGGUGGUGGUGAUGGACGUGUCACUCUCCAUGACACGGCCAGUGUCAGUGGAGGGCUCCGAGGAGUACCAGCGGAAACACUUGGCCGUCCACGGCCUGACCAUGCUGUUCGAGCACAUGGCGACCAACUACAAGCUGGAGUUCACGGCCUUGGUGGUGUUUUCGUCGCUUUGGGAGCUGAUGGUGCCCUUUACGAGAGAUUACAACACGCUGCAGGAAGCCCUAAGUAACAUGGAUGAUUAUGACAAAACCUGUUUAGAGUCAGCGCUGCUGGGAGUUUGCAAUAUUGUUUAGGAAUGGGGUGCAGCAAUUCCUUGCCAGGUUGUUCUUGUCACUGAUGGCUGCUUGGGGAUCGGCAGAGGCUCCCUACGGCACUCAUUAGCUACUCACAACCAGCGUAGUGAAAGCAACCGGUUUCCACUGCCUUUCCCCUUCCCAUCCAAGUUGUAUGUCAUGUGCAUGGCAAAUCUCGAAGAGCUUCAAAGCACGGAUUCCUUAGACUGCCUGGAACGGCUCAUAGAUUUAAAUAAUGGGGAAGGGCAAAUUUUCACCAUUGAUGGACCCCUUUGCCUGAAGAAUGUGCAGUCGAUGUUUGGAAAGCUAAUAGACCUGGCUUAUACACCAUUCCAUGCUGUUCUCAAGUGUGGCCACUUAACAUCUGAUGUGCAAGUAUUUCCCAGACCAGAACCUUUCAUUAUAGAUGAGGAAAUAGACCCCAUCCCUAAAGCAAUUAAUACAGAUCUAGAAAUUGUUGGGUUUGUAGAUAUAGCUGACAUUUCUAGCCCUCCUGUCUUGUCCAGACACUUGGUACUGCCCAUUGCACUUAACAGAGAAGGUGAUGAGGUGGGACCUGGGAUCACAGAUGACACCGAAGAUGAGAAUUCAGCUAAUCAGAUUGCCGGGAAAAUCCCCAACUUCUGUGUUUUAUUACAUGGCAGCCUGAAAGUGGAAGGCAUGGUGGCUGUCGUCCAGUUGGGGCCAGAGUGGUAUGGAAUGCUCUAUUCACAAGCUGAUAGCAAGAAGAAAUCAAACCUCAUGAUGUCGCUCUUUGAACCUGGUCCUGAGCCCCUUCCAUGGCUAGGGAAGAUGGCACAGCUUGGACCUAUUUCAGAUGCGAAAGAAAAUCCUUACGGAGAGGAUGACAAUAAGAGCCCUUUCCCCUUGCAACCCAAGAACAAGCGCAGUUAUGCACAGAAUGUUACCGUAUGGAUUAAACCAAGUGGCCUCCAGACAGAUGUACAGAAGAUCUUGAGAAAUGCAAGGAAACUCCCUGAAAAAACUCAAACCUUCUAUAAAGAACUUAAUCGUUUACGAAAGGCAGCUCUGGCCUUUGGCUUUUUGGACCUCUUGAAAGGCGUGGCAGACAUGCUGGAGCGGGAAUGCACCCUCCUUCCUGACACGGCUCAUCCUGAUGCAGCGUUUCAGCUCACACAUGCUGCUCAGCAGCUUAAAGUGGCAAGUACUGGAGCAUCGGAAUAUGCUGCCUAUGAUCAUAACAUUGCUCCACUGCAGACAGACUUUUCCAGCAGCAGCACUGAAAGAAUGUGAAGUCUCCAUUUUGGUAACGUCUAUAGAUUAAGACUCAAGUGGUUCAAAUUUUCUUGUCCCGUUUACUUUCUAGGGCCUGUUUAGUUAGUGUUUGGAGAACUUCCUGUCAAAACGGGGUCCCUUACCUGCAUCAGUGCUCUCUAAUUAAAUGUAGCUAGUUUGUGGUGGCUUUAGUCAGACCUGGAAACUGUGGAAAGUGUCCCAAAGUCAAUUACUGUGUUGGAUGAUGGGUGGAAGUUAC